UCCCUCCCUACAGGCUGCAGAAGGAGACGUGUCCCAUUUCAGAGUAGCUUGAACGGGCUCACAUAUUUAGAGCAAGACCCGCUAAAACAUGGGUGAAAAAACGGAUAGGGAGAUGCCGGAGAACCCUCUCGAACCUUACAUAGAGUACGUCCGUCAGCAGCUGGAGGAGCAGGACCCGGUGGUUCUGGUGGGAGUUAUCGUGGCUCUGGCGGUGAUUCUCAUCACCUGUGUGUUCCUGAAGUACUUUCUAACCAGCAAAACAGUCCGGAGCGCAGUGCUGCUGGUGGGACUGUGUGACUCCGGGAAAACCCUCCUGUUUAUCCGACUCCUGUCAGGGAAGUUCAAGCGCACACAGACCUCCAUCACGGACAGCAGUGCGCCAUACAAAGCUAAAAAUGAGAGGGGCAGCAUCUGGACUCUGAUUGACCUGCCAGGACAUGACAGUCUGCGCUCUCAGUACCUGGAAAAGUUCAAGUCUGCAGCCAGAGCCAUUGUGUUUGUGGUGGACAGCGCCAUCUUCCAGAAGGAGGUCAGAGAUGUGGCUGAGUUUCUCUACAUGCUGCUGACAGACACUGUGAUCUCCAGAAAUGCUCCAAACCUACUAGUGGUGUGCAACAAACAAGACAUUACAAUGGCAAAAUCUGCUAAACUGAUCCAGCAGCAGUUGGAAAAGGAACUGAACACCUUGAGGGUGACUCGCUCUGCAGCUCUGAGCGCUCAGGACGGCUCGUUCGGCGGCACUGUGCACCUGGGAAAAAAAGGUAAGGAUUUCGAGUUCAGCCAGCUGCCCAUGAAGGUGGAGUUCCUGGAGUGCAGUGCUCGCGGCAGUAAGGGUGAAGAUGGCGGUGCUGAUAUUGAGAGCCUGGAGAAGAGCCUGGCUAAACUGUAGAACCUGCAGCUCAACUCACUGGACGAUCACUUCUGCCUUAUUGGACACAAACCUCAGAACCCAACGUCUUCAUCC